AUUUAAUAAAACUUACCGUCACGAUGCAAAAAUAAUCCGUCCUUCAAUAUCUGGAUGUCCGUUGAGAACGAGUGGAGCAUCAACUCUGUGCUAAUAUGCAGGCUUGGUGUCGAUUUUUCCGUUCUAUAGCGGGGCGAGUGCCACCAGUGCGGAAAUUGCAUUCUCAAGCUCGCAGCGUCGCAACUGAACCCCUGAGCAGCCAACGGCCGCUGAGUAAUCAGUCUCUAGCAUCUUUACCUUGCACGAGUGGGCGUGACAUCAUCUCGUGGGGCUUUGGAUUUGCUGCGUGCUCCCCGUCGGUACGCACCUUCGCAGCGGAAAACGAACACCUUGUACAAGCAAGCGCUUUGCAUGGUACACACCGCGGCGUGACUGCUUCGUUGGCGCCUGGGUUAGGGAACCUCCUGCUGGCGCCUGGCAGCGUGUGGAACUCCCUGGUCGGCCAAGUCCGAUGGUGUCAGAAAGGCCAGUUGAGCCGGCAGCGGGUGCCAAAGGGUGCUGCAAUAAACGAUAACAUCAUGCCGAACACAACUCAGCUCAAAUACGGCUUGUAUGGUAUUCGGGCUUUGGCUGGAAAGCGUGUUGCCGCCAACACGCUUGAAGCUGUCCGCCGGACGCUGAGGCGCAAGCUGAAAAAGACUGCAAGGCUAUGGGUGCGCAUUGAGGCAACUGUGCCGGUAACGCGCAAGCCGCUGAACAUUCGCAUGGGAAAGGGAAAGGGCGCUAUCGCUUUCUAUGCCACAGCGGUACGGCCGGGGCAAAUCAUAUACGAGAUGGAUCGAGUGCCCCGAACCGUGGCCCUACAAGCUAUGCAGGCCGCGCAAUAUAAGUUCCCAGUCAAGCUUGGCUUUGUUGAAUGGAGCUGAUCGAGUUUUGAUCCUGGGCGACUCCCAACAGUUGUGCCCGUGCGUCCCGUCCGUAAACGUGUGUUGCGGCGUCCGUGUGUUAUUUCAUGCCGUUACCCGUUUGACAUGGCGAUCUGUGUUCAAAGCAGGUUAGACGUGCGCGUUCAGGUAACAAGGACGGAUCCUCAAUUGGGGUGUGUUCAAGGCAAACGGGGCUGCUUACGACGAUUACAUUUUGUCAAUCAAAGGCUUGUAACGAACGUGGACGC